AUGUGUGCCUGUGUGGUUGUCGGGGCGUGUUUUCGGCUCUGCUCUGAAAGGCGUUGGGUGGAGCUUGACGAGCACACAGGCAUCCUGGUGAUUUGGACCCAAAGGCCUCCAAAGGGCCUCGUCUACAAGAUCGAGGAGCUUCAUGCCCGGAAGACGUGGUCGUUGUUUAGCAGCGGGAAGCAGGACAAAGCAAUUCCGAUAAGUGUGUAUGACAUGAAGGAUCUUCAGGAUGUGGAUGCCUGCAAGCCGUACUUGAGCAUCUUCGUCCACUUUCGGAGGAGAGGCCUUAUCCUGAUUGCUCCUGGGGAGGAGGAGUUUGAGCACUGGCUGAAUGCCUUGGGCCACUUUGUCGGCGUGAGCAGUAGCACCUUCAAGUGGAAGCAGGCGCAGACAGGAUGA